AGAAAGAGGAUACUCCGAGAAGCUGCAUCCAAGAGAGGAGCUUACGGCACACACAGCACAGAGAAUCGAGAAGACCUGUGGUGUCAUUUCCCCAUUUUCAGAGGACACUGAGUUCCAGAAUGGAAGUGCUAAGGUGGCAUCUGUCCCCUCCAGAACACACGUAUUGAAACCCUUAGCCCCAAGGCUAUGGUGAUAACAGUGUGAAUACCCCAAGCAACCCACUUCUCUUCCCCCGAUGCCCGCUCCAACGUGCUCCUCCUGCCAUGCAGCCCGCGCUGCCCUCCGCCGCCCGCGCUCGGGGCAGGCGCUAUGCGGCUCCUGCUUCUGUACAGCCUUUGAGGCCGAGGUGCUGCACACCGUGAUCGCCGGGUGCCUGCUGCCCCCGGGUGCCGUGGUGGCCGUGGGCGCCUCGGGUGGCAAGGAUUCCACGGUACUGGCACACGUGCUGCGCGAGCUCGCGCCGCGCCUGGACAUCACGCUGCACCUGGUGGCCGUGGACGAGGGCAUUGGCGGCUACCGUGAUGCAGCCCUGGAGGCGGUGAGCAGCCAGGCUGCGCGCUGGGAGCUGCCGCUCACCAUUGUGGCCUAUGCAGACCUGUUCGGAGGCUGGACGAUGGAUGCCGUGGCCCGCAGCACUGCCGGCUCUGGCCGCAGUCGCUCCUGCUGCACCUUCUGUGGGGUGCUACGGCGGCGCGCGCUGGAGGAGGGUGCUCGCCUCGUGGGAGCUACACACAUCGUGACUGGCCACAAUGCCGACGAUAUGGCGGAGACAGUGCUCAUGAACUUCCUGCGCGGUGAUGCUGGGCGGCUGGCGCGGGGUGGAGUGCUAGGCUCUGCGGGCGAGGGGUGCGCACUCCCGCGGUGCCGGCCUCUGCAGUUUGCUUCGCAGAAGGAGGUGGUAUUGUACGCGCACUUCCGCCGCCUGCGCUACUUCUCUGAGGAGUGUGUAUAUGCGCCCGAGGCUUUCCGUGGUCACGCUCGCGACCUGCUCAAGCGCCUGGAGGCAGCGCGGCCAUCGGCAGUGCUGGACCUCGUGCACUCGGCAGAGCGCCUUGCUCUUGCCCCAGCAGCUCGGCCCCCUCCUCCAGGUACCUGCACGCGCUGCGGGGCACUGGCCAGCCAUGCGCUCUGCCAGGCCUGUGCACUCCUGGAUGGCCUCAACAGAGGCCUGCCACGCCUGGCUAUUGGCAAGGGCCGCCGCAUGUUGCAAGCCGAGCCGCCACUGCCUGGGAACUCAAGCCAGGCCACCAGUGACCCUGCGGCCCCACAGGGACCCUGUACCUGUGAGCAAUCCAGAGAUGGAGCCACCCUGUGCAAGGAAGGAGGAGACCGGGCAGGAGCCACCUGUGUCCUACAGAGUGACGUGAGCCCCUCGGAAUGACCAGUGUGCCCUGAAAAGUGACUGUGCCCUGUAGUGCCCUGUUCCUGUGAAGCGAUCUACACUGUGAAGUGACCACCUGCCCUUCCAGAGCUUCCUGUGUCCUAUGGGACCUGAGCCCUGUGGAGCAACUGUGUACCAUGGAGGGGCUGUGCUCUACACAGCAACCUGAACCUUGGAGCUGGUGAGGGAGCCCCGGGCUAGGCUACCAGGCCUGAGGGAGAAGGGACCAGCAACCAUGCAUUCCUACACCCCUCUGUGGGCUCCAAAUAGCCCUGGCCUCACUUUGUCUGCCCAAGUCAGGUAAACAAAGUCAAACGAACAAUAGGAACACAUUCACAGUUGUCACCCUGCCCCUUUCAUCAAGGGAAAACUUGCUCCUGAGAGAAUUAGAGAAAGUUUGUUCUGAACCAGAAAAGAGCUUCAGUUGCAGGGUUUACAUGGGUUCAGGUUGCCCCAGGGAAGCUGUGGAAGCAGUUACACAACCAUUUACA